GCUACUUUGGUCAUUCUGCAGGCUGCAUAGUUUGUAGCCAAUCAACACCAUUUCUUCUAGCAUCAAGCACCUAUAAUAGAUCUGACUGAAAUGGAGACCAAGCUUCCCCUAUAUCAACAAGGUGUCCAUCGAGAAACCUUACCCACUGCCCCCGGAUCAUAUCAGCCAUAUGAGGCAGACAUUGAGCAGCUAGAGGUACAACACCAUGGCGAGAAAAAUGAUGAUGACAACAAUCAGCAGUCCAAGAAUGACUCAGACAUAAUACUUCCAAUUGACCCAGGAGAUGUCCCACAACAAAAAUACCUCAGUCUUGAGUUUGAUGCGGCCUUCCACGAGCACAAGAAGACCAGUUUGGUGAAGCCAAUGCACAAUAUCCUCGGAAUUGUCUACAAAUGGACGAAGCUCAUCACUUAUCACGUCUUUGUGAUUAUCAUUGGGAUUCCACUAAUGAUAGUCUGGGCUCUGGUAAAUGGCAUAACGGCAUUCACCUACUCGUGGCUUUGGAGUCCUGCUAUGCGUAUCACUAUCUUCUGGAUUGCAGCUACACUACCUCUGGUUACCAUGCCACUGGUGACCAUCUUCAGGCCUUUGACAGAUGUGGCAGCUCGCUGCCUCAGUCAGAUCUAUGUAAAAGCAGCCCUCGAUGGAAAAGGAUUUGUUCAAAAUGUAUAAUGAGGACUUUUAAUGUUACUAACGGUAUACUGUACACGCAUCUUGUUAUGUGAUUGCCACAAUUCCCUUCCUGAUCCUCUCAAUUAUAAUGAGUUUUUUGUAGUAUGUAGCUUUUAUAUGAGUUUUGCAUUACUUUUCUUUCGAAGUUACAACUGAGUCGAUGGCCCUGACUUCUACUCAACUCGUAGUUGCUAGUUUCUAGUUAGCAUGCAAUUGCUACAGUGGAACCUCCAUAACGUCUAUAACUCUGAAGAGCAACCAACCUCAGCUCAAGUCCGGAUUGAAACUAGACUACACUGAAUGUAAAGCAACCUCUCAGGAACGGCCACCUUUCUACUCCGUUACUAUAUAGCUCCAAGAUACACUUAUAGGAUCGACUCAUACAUGUAUUAAAAUUGUAAUUGAAACCUCCCAACUAACAACUCUCUAAAACGGACAAAAAAGGCUAUUCCCAAUGGUUUCCGUUUUAUGGAGGUUUGUUAGUGUAGCACGUACUCAACAGAGGUGGAUCCAGUGGCUGGAAUAGUGCGCGCUUAAUUGCGCGCCGAAAAAUGUCAGGAACACGCCCAUUUAAAUGCAUAAUUUUAUGAUGUCACAAAACAAUCAUGCAUUGGCCGGCUGUACAUCAUGGUAGACAUCCUCUGUACAUUCACUUUCUCUCUGAAUGAAGUCAGCUAGGUUAUGGGUACAGCCAUUCCGUGCUGGUAUAUCCUUCUACCUUUUCCAGACAUGCACACAAUCAGAAAAUACUAGAUCUAGAGCCGGUUAAUGUUAAAAAGUUCAGCGAGUUGCAAGACCAUACAAUAUACCUACAAUAUACCGCCUGCAUGUGCUGUAUGUAAAAAUUAAUAAACACCUUGUACCUGUAGCCAAACCACAGGGCCGGCUUGCUCGAAUUUCUCUUGUAAGCGUGGGAGGGAGAGAAGGUUCUCUCCCUCCCACGCUUACAAGAGAACCGUGGAAUUCGAGACUAAGGGCUUGCUUACUAGCUCCUUACCGUGCCUUCUAUCUAUAUGGCUCAUUAGAACAAAUCCUUCCCUUUUCCAUCGGAGGACCGCUUUUACAUGUCAAUGGCAUAACGGCAUUCCCCUACUCGUAUAUAUAUAGUAGCUACCAUUACACAUAGCCAUAAUUGGUUCCACCGAAUAGUGGCAAAAUAGUUCAGUUUCCAUAGUAACUGAACAAGCUCUGUAUGUCAAGUGAGGUGAAAAGAUUAAUGGUAGAUUUUAGAGUAAUGUAGAGGUACGUAUCAGAUCGAACUCCAUCUGUAAUGUGCAGAGCAGUAAUAAGUUAUACAUCGGCCAUGCAUUAGUAAGAGAAAGUAGUGGGAAGACAAUAAAAACAUUCAUUGUUUAUGUAUGGCUAUUUAAUGCACAAGGAACUAGCCUCGAUCCCAGGCCGAGUUUUCGCUUUUAUAACGGUUAGGCGAACAACUGGGCCUGGUACUAGUUGUCUGCGCAUGCGUCAAUCGUUCGUCAGAUUCUGACGAAUGGAUAUUCUCGUUCACUUUCGUGACAUUUAUAUUCGUGUACUAUCGUGUACUAGAAGUCAGUUCCCGUUUUAUCAUUAUUGGAAUCGAUUGGAAUGGCUCUUAGCUGAAGCUUCUCUCUUCUCUGAAGCUUAUUCUGAAGACUGAACAACAAGGGAAGAGGUAUAAAGCUUUGUCAAGCUUGUUAAGGUCAGAUAUUUUUGUGUGGGCCCUAUGGCCGGCUAUGCUAUCAAGUCUUGUUCAUGUUUGGCAAGAAUGUAGGUAGACUAUAGUUUCAUCAUUAAUAUGGUGGAUCAAGUGAAGAGUGUGAGCUAGAGAACUUGGUGCUGCCAUCAUCAGCUCGUCGACAAUGACACUAUAACCGAGAAAUUUAAUAUGUAUAGAUCUACACGUAUUUAAAAUGUCUACUUCUCUGUACAGGAGCAAUGGCUAAUAUCCAGCUAUCCCAACAGUGCUCCUCUUGGCUAUACUAACGGACGAGACUGGACAGUUUGAGACACAGGACUGGAGUAUGACCUGCUCAUUCGAGCGUUGCUGGGUAGCUCAGAGACAUCAAGAGAAUCUACGUUUUCUCAAGCAAUGAGUUACGAGUUGGGGCCUAGAAUCAGAGAAGUCCAGCAGCCUGCUAAAUCUUUUUGAAACGUAAUUUGAAGGCAUUCAAUCAUCCUGAAGUUGCCCUGGGUCACUGUAAUUGUGCUGCAGCACAACUGGCAACUCCCCAGGCCUUUGUGAAGCAGCUCCCUAUGUGCAUCUUUUGUGUACUCACUCUGUGCAUUUUCUGUGUACAAAUUUCUAUUAUUGAUUUAUUAAAUAUUUUUGCCGACCACAAAUAUACAAUGAAAAUUUGACGCAUGCGCAGACAACUAGUACCAGGCCCAGUUGUUCGCCUAACCGUUAUAAAAGCGAAAACUCGGCCUGGGAUCGAGGCUAACAAGGAACAUGUAUUUAUAUAGCUUCAUUGCCCACCAAAUCAUGUGAUGACAAUUAGAACUAGGGCUGCAUCUACUAGCAUCAAGCAUUAAGCACGAAAUGGAGACCAGGCCUCCUGUAUAUCAACAAGGUGUCCAUCAAGUGGCCUCACCCACUGCCCCUGGAUACCACCCAUAUCUGGGAAAUGUUCAGCAGCUAGAAAACCGUGGCGAGGGAAAUAAUGAUGACAACAAUCAGCAGUCCGAGAAUGACUCAGACAUAAUACUUCCAAUAGACCCAGGAGAUGUCCCACAACAAAAAUAUCUCAAUCUCGAGUUUGAUGCGGUCUUCCAUGAGCACAAGAAGACUAGUUUGGCAAAGCCGUUGCAUGACAUCACCGAAAUUGUCUACAAGUGGACAAAGCUCAUCACCUAUCACGCCUUUGUCUUUGUGAUUGGUAUUCCACUAAUGAUAGUUUAUGCUCUGCUAAAUGGUUUCACAGCAUUCCUCUACUCGUGGAUUUGGAGCCCUGUUUUUCGUCUCUAUAUUUUCUGGAUGGCAGCCAUUAUACCCCUGAUCACCAUGCCACUUGUGACUAUCUACAGGCCUUUCAUAGAUGUGGCAGCUCGCUGCCUCAGCCAAAUCCGUAUGAAAGCAGCCCUCGAUGGAAAAGGAUUUGUUCAAAAUGUAUAAUAGGGACUCUUUUUCUGUAUAAAUCAAUAAUACUUUGAGACAGUCUUAAACAAUAAUUAUGAAUACCGUAUAUCUUCUAAUUUAUCGGACAGCAAUAAAUAAUUAUUUUGGAAAUUGUAUAA